AUGGGUCUUGUUCUUUUUGUGUCUCUGUACCUCGAUCACUUAACGUCUUUGGUUUUUUACGCAAGGAGUCGUUUAGAACUGUCAUUGGAGAAGAGGAAAUCACUUGCAGCUACCCUGGAAACGACGCUGGCCAAAAAUAAUGAUCUGGAAGCGGAAAAAGCUGUUCUUACUACCCGGAUCAAGGACCUGGAGAAAGAAAACGAACGGCUUAUGUCUUUCGUAGUGCGUCAGUCAAAGGUAAUUUUAAUAACCCCUUUGUAAUAACGAAAAAAGGACCGGCCUUGCGUGUUAUCAGCCCUGUGCUUAUGCUCCACGUGCUCUGCUUAUAAGUGUCCCCUUUUCGGUUCUUCCGCUGUUAGCGAAAAGGUGAAAAUCGCUUAUUGCAUAAGCACUCGGUUGCAUCAUUGAGGUAACCGUGUCACUUAGGAGCGACGUUUACCGAUGUUCACUAGUUGCAAGGGGUUAUACGAGGGACUUCGACCUGUGGUUGAGUCUUGGGUGACCACUCCUUCCUCCGUCUCCUUUCCGGCAGUCACGUCCACUCCGUACGUCACGUUUCGACUAACGAAAGAUUGCUUACUGAUAUUUAUAAGUAGCGUUUGUUUUAAAUUUAAAGGACUAGAGAACGCGGUUUGUGCGAUUCAUAGGGCCUCGUUUCUUCUGGCAGCACAACUAGAGGGAGUAAAUGAAAUUCUAACUGUCUUUGCUUAGAUGUUCCUUCGAGUAAAGCGUUCUAUCGAAGUCGGUUUAUUAGUUGUAUCACUGAGGUUUUUAGAGGAGCUUCGCUAACGGAUUUUAAUAAUGUCUGGGUGUCACCCAGCGUUAUUCCCUACAUCCAUCGUACCGAAUUUGGUUUCAACCAUGAUCGUUUUGCUCUUAAGCGCAGCUUCCGCUGUCCUUCGACUGGACGAUACCUCUGUUUAGAAUUGUAGUUCCGGUCUGCCGAACAGGCGGAGCAGGUUCAGCAGUGACUUUCCGAUGGACGUUUCAGCGAUGUACGAACCCAGGUUUCAUAGCCGCUACAUCGACAGCUCCAUUCACUGGACCCGGUAGUUCAUUCGUCACCAGCAGUGAAACCAAUCACUGUUCCUUUGGCUCGAUGUUGACUCCGCGGGGAUUUUUUUACGUGGAAACAUGCGUCUGGACCAAUCCUUUCUUGUACUUGCCGUGCUCCAAUAACAAGAAUAAGUUAAGGCUACUAGAAAUGGGCGUUGUACCUCACAUCACAGGUGAUCUGCUCUUUGUUGGGAGAAUUCCCAUUGAGUGGGAGAUUUGGUUGUGGCGGUAGCGGGGCGGAGGAGUUUUACGGUAUGGUCCAGCCUCUGACAGUUGCCAUGCGGCUAAUUGCGCAGGCAGGAGACAAAUUGGGGACACCGCAAACCGUUGGCCUCUCAAAAAUAUCGUUUGAGCCUUGUCGCUGUGUUUUCAUGAUAAUAACCUUUCGGGUUGUGAGUCUUUUUAUGCGCUUCACGUCCUCAGAUUCUGGAUGCCAUUUAGGAUUGCGCAUUUCACGAAUAUAUGCUUCGUAGUUUUAACACCAGUUGCAUAAUCCCUAUAGGUGACAUCGUCGUGGCGGUCCACUUAUUUCCCUCGGGGAGUCGAUAGUGGCGGCUGCAAUGUUGGCCCCUCUAGUUUAUUUUUUUCAGUAUCUACCUUUAUUGCUUCUCGGUGGUUUCAGCAAGCCCUUCGUCUACGAUUGUGUCACAUUAAGUUAGUCCGAGCGCAUUCUCUAAUAGGCUAUGACGAUGACGUAUUAAUCAUUCGUGCCUUUUUGCGACCGGCGUUUGUCAGGAUAUCUGCACCUACUUUGUCGCAUACGUUGCAGUUGUUUGGGCGUCAAAUAUCGGUAAGAGCGGUUUUCGUCGUCCGAACUGAUGCAGGUUUUUCAGUAUUUCUUCAACUGGUUUGUUAUUUUUAAUCAUAUUAAGCUAUCAUAUUUAUGGGGAGUCUGUCACCUUACCGAGUGCGACCUCCUUUGCCCCACUAUUCAGGGGGCAUACGUAGAUGCAGAGAUUUUCAAAACACUAGGGUGUCGGGGACCGGUGUCUAUGUCGGAGUCCUGCUUUGGUUGGAUCUUCCAUAUAUGUCCACUCAUAGCCCUCCCACUAAUUUUCUGAUACGACAUGGACUGUAUAUCCGUUGCCACUAGGCUCACGUUGGACGACGCCACCGAUGAUUGGAACUCCGUUUUCCACUCACAGCACAAGGUAUUGGGAGACGGAUACGAAACGUAGCGGCCACAACCGCCUGUCUUCAGCAGUUUUCUUCUUUUCGCCAACCUAUCACAUUUGCUUUUUGUGGAUGACAUAGUUCAGACGAAGGGACUGUUUGACGGCAAAUACCUCUUCUUUUCGUCUUCUUACCACAAUGUUAGGGAACUGGAACUCCGGAAGAAUGAUAUCCUCACGGAUUUCCUCAAUGAAACCCGUAGUCGCACGUCAGGCAUGCAGUUUGGGGGCCUCUACUCGUUUUAUCCUUUUAGAUACCCAUGACAUCCAGGCGCAGUAGCAUAUCCUACAGCUGGUCUAACCGUGGCCUCAUGGAUAUUACAGAGUUGUGCAAUCUCAACCCAGUCAAUAGCAGCCACUCUACUGACUGUUAGCGUAACAUAAGCUCCAUUUCCAUAAAAUCAGUCAACAUUUUAAACCUCGGUUGUCAGUCGCUGCAGACCAAGAUGUGUGAAUAAGCGUCUUUGGGCCCCGCAGGUUUCAAGAAGUUAGGUGGAGCACGUGGUGUUUUAAUGUGCGUACGAUACGUCCCGUGAAAUGCGGAUAACUAUGACUGCCUGGAUGCACUUGUACGUCCGUGUCUGCUGAAGGGGGCAGCAUGUCACCCAUUCGUGCGUUCGAGCGUUUAACGGGUAGGAAUGUUUUGGUAGUAGUAGUAGCAGCAGCAGCAACAGCAGUAUUAGUGACAGUAGUAGUAGUAUUAGUAGUAGUAGUAGUAGUAGUAAUAGUAGUAGUAGUAGUAGUAGUAGUAGUAGUAGUAGUAGUGGUAGUAGUAGUAUUGGUAAUAAUGGUGGUGGUAGCAGCCGUAGUAGUAGUAGUAGUAGUAGUAGUAGUACUGACAGUAGUAGCAGUGGUAGGAGUAGUAGUAGUAGUGGCGGUGGUUGUGGUUAGUUUUUUGGUUAAAUUCGUGCACUUCAUAUGACCUCAAGAGCGUACGUGCCGUACCUUGCACCUGCUUAUUUUAAAAGCCGCCAUUACUGCACUGUGUCCGUGUCAGCAACUUCUCGGUGGUAGGCCUUAGUCAAAAUUCGGAAUUAUCAUACGCGGGUAGGGGUCUUACUUUAGACAAUGGUCCAAGCCACUAGUAUGAAUUCGUCCAUCACCUUGCGGACGGCGGUCGCUAGACAGAUAGGACGGCAGUUUAUUAGGUCGUUCAGGACCAUCCCAGUCUUCGGCAUCGCACGAAUCUCGUGCCACGAGACUAAAAGCCAUCAGAGUACCUCUAUGUCGUUAGAGUCGAGGAAGUGGAAGAAGCGGGACAGCAGUCUACUGGUUUCAGUUUCGAGUUCUGAGGACAAGUCACUGCCAUGUUGCUUUCUUCAAGAUGGCCCAUGGCCCGUCUAUCUUACCUUAUAUUAUUGACGUUCCAGUAACCAAGUUGCAGGUUAGGAUAGGCGCUGGUUUCCUCGUAUCAGUACUUUUACCUGACUUCCUUUCGGAACAUUCGACUGAAAACCAUUAGUUUAGAAAUGAGCUGCAGGUCGUCAUUCACCGCGUCAGCCUGCGUCUUCAGUUGACCACCUUGACUCUGUCGAUAGACGGAACUAGUCAUUGUUGAAAGGACGUUCCGCACCAAGCUAACAUAUCUGAUCGCAAAACCCGAUAAAUAUACUGUCCUGCCCACUUGACACGCUAUAUUACCGCAGAAGACCUCAUCAUCGCGUAGCUGCCAUCAGCCUAGCUAAGAUCUGUAGCACCAACGUGAUCCGUAAGUGCGCGUUGCAGAACCAGGUAUACCGCGCAGGUGCACGGAUGGUCUUUGGCUAUUACCCUCCGGUUAAGGACGGUGAAUAGGCGAAAUAAAGCGGGUGGCAUGUCUAAGCUCGUGGGGUCGAUAACACCGACUCCCCAAAUCAAAGUCAAAGCGACAUAGCUAGCUGAAUAAUCUUUACUGCAGCAAAAGGCGCUUACAGGCGCCUCAGCGGGUUGCCAGCAGCUGUUCUAGCAAAAUAAAUGCCAGCAGUAGAGGUCGUUAGUCCCGGCGCGAAGAAAGUGCGUUCGCCUAUACCUUGUCCUCCCACAACCAGUCAACGGAUGGCGUAACGUCAAGUGGCGUCAAGCAAUCUCCACGGGGCCGAGCACUGGGCGGCUCACGCGGCCGAAGGCGGCAUGAGUAGGCGGCCGCGGCAGGAGCAAGCUGCCGCAGGCAUGUCAUAGUGUAGCUUGACUGAUAAUCGGGAAUCUUGAUGGACAGUGUCAUGAGUAGGUAAAUUUCACGAAGUGGAGGAAAGCAGGAUAUUGGUGGCACCUGCGUUCUCGAGGGUUCGCCGUUGUGAAGGGUGCUUACUGAAAUUCCCACUUGCCGAAAAUCGCACUUGUUAGUGCGUCGCGACGAACGUAAGGAAGCUAGGGACGGUAUUAAAGGCUUGCGACCGUGUCAGGAAAUCUUACGCCGCGACAGUUCUUACACAACGAUCUGUAGCCCCUCCUAAGGGUUGGCCGCAACCACAGCAUCGCUACAGCCUGUUGACACGGUAUCCGCUUUCCAGACUUGAGUUAGAAGCUCGUGUAACCUGCAAGCCAAUACUUUUGAAUAACAACUAAAUUUCCACCUAAAGGCAGCUCUCGCCAAACACUCUAUUUUAUUUGUCAUCCUAUCUCAUCUUUAACAUUCUCCGUAGAGUGUGGGUUUCAGUCACAGCUAUACUCGAGUAUCAAGGAGUUCUAAAGUAUUACCAACUCAGACUCCAAUUUUCCGAGUCUUUUGCUGUCGACGUCUACUUUUCUCCUCUGUAGGCUGUGAACAAAGACCUCCAGACUGUUCGCGAGACCUUUCAGAUAUCUAAUUCCAGCCUUGACAGCAGGAAUGCCGAAUUAGAGGCUCUUUUAUCUGCAGAGACCAAGCGCCGCGUGGUAAGUCCAUCACAUUUGCACACGCAUGCACAUGCACUAAGUGAUGAACAUUCGCCCGUUUUUAUCUGAGUCCUCAUGCCUCCGCUACAUCAGUAGACUUCAUUGUUUUUAGGAGGCGGAGGAAGCCCUGGCUAUGGAAAAAUCGCAUCGUGUUUCGGAAGAGGCUGAACUGAACUCUCUGCGAUCUCUAAGCGCCGAGAAACAGCAAUCCUUGGAGGAGCACCGAAAGCAAAACGAAUCACUUAUCAAUCUCAACAGAGAGUUCCGCAAUCGUGUUAACGUAAGAGUGCGAUUUUCGCCGUGCAACUUGGGUGGCGAUACUAUAAGUAUACUCUUGCUUUUAUAUGCAUAUACAUAUACAGUAGAUGUGCUGACUCAUGCAAUGUCAACCAAAAUUUCGAAAUGCGUUCUCGUUUCGAAAAGAUAAAUUAAGUAGUGUUGUAAAACUAAUCAUGAUGCAGCAUAAUUCUAUAAUGAUACAGUUACCUCAGGGUGUCGGCUUUCGAAAGAGCUUAUUUUCGACUGCAUGCAAGAUCUAUACUCUGCAAAUAUGACCACUUAAGUAGCAUGCAAUUUUCUCAUUGAUUUUCGAUGCCCUUGAAAAUUCAAUUAUAUUUCAUGGAAAACAUGCAUAAAAAUAUUCAUUCUUUUACUCAUUCGGUAGAAAAUCACGCCUUCUUCCAAUUUCAUACUCGUAUAAUUUGGUUUUAAAAAACUUUUCUAAGUCCCAAAGAAUUUUGAACCCGACCUGCUGUUAAACUUGCAUUCAGGGUUUCACAACUACAAGCUGCAUAUUUUCCGUGUACGAAAAACCAUGCAUUUCUCUACGGUGUUAAGAAGAGACCAUUGAGGUUCAUAAAAUGAAGCAGUGGAUUUGAGCAAUAUUGUUAACUUUACAAGCCACAUUCGUAAAUGCAGAUACAUGACGUUUCAUGAACGGCCAUUUAACGGUAUUAAAAAAUCUCACAAUUAGAAGCUGUUUUAAAACCAAAUUAUACUCUUCUUUUGAGUAUGAAAUUGGAAGAAGACGUGAUUUUCUACCGAAUAAGUAAAAGAAUGAAUAUUUUUAUGCAUGCUUUCCAUGAAAUAUAAUGGAAUUUUCAAGGGCAUCGAAAAUCAAUGAGAAAAGUGCAUGCUACUUAAGUGGUCAUUUUUUGCAGACUAUAGAUCUUGCAUGCAGUCGAAAAUAAGCUCUUUCGAAAGCCGACACCCUGAGGUAACUGUAUCAUUAUAGAUUUAUUCUGCAUCAUGAUUAGUUUUACAACACUACUUAAUUUAUCUUUUCGAAACGAGAACGCAUUUCGAAAUUUUGGUUGACAUUGCAUGAGUCAGCACAUCUACUGUACAUAUCAGAGGGGAGACGACAGAAUCCGGGUUGUAGCUUGAUACGGCACUGUUUCGGGAUUGUUUGCCUUCAUUCAACCAAUCAUAACCCUGACCACCAGCAGCUGGAACCGGAAACACAAACAUGCGCACAGACGCACCUGGCGCAGCUGGUCCACCGCUGGGGUCUACCAGAUGGGUCAUAAGCAAUUCAUCGAAGCGAAGUUCAUCAGUGUCUCGCCACCUGUCAUUCUCUGUCGCUGUAUCAAGCUACCCGCAUUCUCUGUCGUCCCUCCUCGCUGCUCAUAUGACAUGGCCGACUUCGGCCUGGUAAUCAGUUGUCUUUUCGUGGCCUUUGCCUCCCAUACGGAGUUUGUUUGCUUCGUGAAGCCAAUAGAUCGCUGUGCGCCUAUUGCCAAUUCAAUAAAUACCCGAUCUGCAGCGACAGAAAAUGACAGGUGGCGAGGCACUGAUGAACUUCGGUUGCAUGAAGUGCUUAUGGUCCAUCUGGUCACCCUUUCCCAACAAUUACUAGCAAGAAACAGGCCGUUUUAAUCCAACUCUAGGGCCGUGGCUUCUAACCCCGCGAUCUGCUUAUCUUUCAUUGUAGGCCAUAAUAUUUACGGGUUUUCCCUGUUCACGCUCGAACAACUCUCUGAAGUGCAGAAACUUUCUUUUCUCCUACUAGAUCCUUACUGAGGAACUGGAAAAAUCUCAAAAGACGGUUCUUCAGCUGCAACAGAAAGUUGACGGCAUGAGUACAGUUCUUGCAGUGAUGGAAGAAAGGUGA